CAGAACUUGUAGGAAAAAACUGCAAUAUGAAUUAAAAUUUCAACAAUGUUUAUCAACUUAAUUUAUUGUUUGUUCAAUCGAUGAAAUUGUUUACAAAAUAUUACGUUCAAAAAAAGGGACUGUUCAAAAAUAACUGUGGUACAUUAUGUGUGAAUAACAUUGGAUGUGUCUAACCUACAAUACGUUUUUGUACUCAAUAUAGAAUUAUUAUUGUGUAAAUAAUUAUUGUAUUAAAACGUCAUAGUAUUAAAUUAAAAUUAAAAAAAUGGUGGAUAAAGUAUCAUCAGAUGUUAUUGGGCAUGACAGUCCCAUGGACCAGAGGUGUCGAGUUUACGCCAGCAUUUCGUUCGCGGUGAUUCUCCUGGCGAUUGGCUUGCCCCUAUGGUGGGAGACCACAGCCGUGCCGAGGGCGAAGGUGCCCCACGCCGAGAUCGGCCAGCUCAAGAAGCUCGAGCUCGCCUUUCAAUUGAGGCUUUACUUGGGAUGCAUCGAGCCGAGGCGCAGCGAGCAACUCGCGAUGGAGUUGCUCGAGAGACUCACCGAGUCUGGACAAUCUGAGAUAUUGAAGAUGACGGUGUCGCACUUCGCCACGGCCAACACGUCGAUCGCGAGGAUGACGUCGAUCGCCGAGCUGGAGCGCGCGUCCGGCAGAUUCGAGGUCGGCCACGGCGAGAUACUGGUGCUGGAGGCCAGUAGGCAGGCGCUCGGCGGCCUCGAGGUGCACGUCUCGUCCGGCAGAUCCGUCUACUUCUCCUCCGACGCCGACGGCGACAAGAUCGCGCAGGUGCUGCGGGAAUGGAUCUACCGGCAGGACUCGCUUCGGCUGACCCGCGACGCCCUGUCUAGGCCCGCGGAGUUCAGUCUAGACGUGGCGAACCGGCGCCGCUUCCCGGCGAGUCCGAGCUACGACGUGCUGCUCACCGUGGUCAACCCCGAGCCCGAGGACAGCCGCGUCGACCGGGACGUCUCGCUCGUCGCGCAAAACUACAUCGAGCCGUUCCUCGAGGAGUUGUCCCUGGUCGCCGAUUUCUCAGUCAAGUCGCAGUGGCUGUAUCUCGUGCCGCUCGGAGUCAGGCCGAGGAAAGUGCAGAAUCAUUACGCGCUGUCGGAGGGCCUGCUGCCGCAGAUAAUCACGCCGCUGGAGAAGAAAUUGGCGUCGCAAGUGAGCCUGCACCCGACGAUCAAUCUGGUGGCCUACAUGGUGCCGUGUAGCGAGGCGCCGCUCUACAUCUACGACAAGAAUCAUGUGCGCGCGACCAAGGAUCCACAGUUCGAAGCCUUUCAUUCGCCAAGAUGGGGCGGCAUAGCUCUCGUCAAUCCUCCGGCCAAUUUUUGUGACACUGCCAAAGAAGAUCGAGUGCUCAGGCCGAACGAGCAAGUGGUCGUCGGAGUUUUCCUACAACACCUGAGACUCUUGCUGGGCGUUCCAGACAAGGAAUCGAUCGAGGGAGCGGCGAUAGCGCCGCUAAGAAGCUUGAAGCCUCGCGACUGGGAGCUGGACGAUCUGCUGCGAAUACGCGCGGUCGAGCAGCUCACGUCCGCCAAGCUCACCUUGCAAUCGCUCUCGAAGCUCCUCAAGGAAAUCAGCAACAUCGUGAUUACCGAGCAGGUGGGACGACGCAUCAGCAGCGCGCUCAAGCUCAUCCACCACGCCACUGAAUUGCUCGCCACGGGCAACCUUCGAGACGGCUUUGUCGCUAGCAAGCAGGCAUUCGUCACUGCCGAGGCCGCCUUUAGCGACCCCUCCUUACUCGCGCUGCUUUACUUCCCCGAUGAUCAGAAGUAUGCCGUGUACAUUCCGCUCUUUCUGCCGGUAAUGAUACCGGUGUUGUUUUCACUGAAGAACAUCAAGAAUUAUUUGUUUUGUUCCGACUGAUGGCCAUAGAUAGAUUUUAUGCGAGAAUCCACGCUGUGCAUUUUUAUUUCGUAAUUUAUACAUAAUUAAUAAAGAGUUUUUUUUAUUGACA